AUGGACUAUCUCAUCACCGAGGGCUAUCCGUCUGCCGCUGAGAAAUUCGCCGCCGAGGCGAAUAUUCAACCCAAGGCAGACUUCUCCUACAUUCAGGAGCGUGUUCAGAUACGGGAUUCCAUAUACCGUGGGGAUCUGCAGGCUGCUAUCGAACUCAUCAAUGAGCUCAAUCCCGAACUUUUGGACCUGGACAAGAGGCUCCAUUUUUCUCUUUUGCGUCUUCAGCUCGUCGAACUCAUCCGACAAAGCUUCAGUUCUCCGGACCCAAGCCUUGUAGGCAAAGCGAUCGAAUUUGCACAGAAGAACCUCGCACCAUACGCUCCUUUGGAAGCACAAUUCAAGAUCGACCUAGAGCGAGCUAUGGCACUCUUGAUUGUACCGAGGGACUCUUGGACUUCGGGAGUAUCCUCGGGUCCUUCUGGACAGUCUGCAUCACAGGUUCAAAAUGAUUUUGGGGCGCUGGCGGAGCUUGUUGACCCUUCACUGCGCCGCAAGGUCGCCAAAGAGGUCAAUGAAGCGAUCCUCCAAUCUCAAGACCAGAGACGAGAAGCCAACAUCCGAUAUCUCGUUAGGGCUCGCUCAUGGGCGGAACAACUGGCUCGGGAGAAGAAGGUCGAUCUACCUGACCAUCUCAGUCUCGGUCUGGAUGGGGGUGAUUCGGCAAAAGACAGCCAGAAUGGACACAAUGGAGACACCGAGAUGACAGAAAACGGCGGGGAAGAUAAUUCCAUAAACGCCUACGCCGAAAUGGCACGAUAUGCCCACGUCGCUUCCUGA